GUGGAUUGCAGGCAUGUUGUGGAAGUUGCUCAUGAGAUCCCAGCCCUGCAGGCUCUGUUCUUUCCAAAAGAUGCUAUCGGCUCAAUACAGACCUUUCCUAGCAUCCUUCACCUACACAACUGAUAAUCAGUCAAACAAAGAAAAUAAAAUGACAGUGGAAAAGCUCUAUAAAUUGUCAGUGGACAUCAGGAAAAUUCGAAGAUUAAAAGGAUGGGUACUUCUAGAGGAUGAAACCUAUGUUGAAGAAAUUGCAGAUAUUUUACAACAACUAGGUGCCAAUCAGACUGCUGUAGCCAGUAUCUUGGAACGCUGCCCAGAAGCAAUUAUCUGCAGUCCAACUGCUAUUAACACACAGAGAGAACUCUGGCAAUUGGUCUGCAAAAACAAGGAAGAGUUAGUCAAGUUAAUAGAACAGUUUCCAGAAUCUUUCUUUACUGUUAAAGACCAGGAAAACCAGAAGUUGAAUGUUCAGUUCUUUCAAGAGUUGGGACUCAAAAAUGUGGUCAUUAGCAGAUUUUUGACAACUGCAUCUAAUAUUUUUCAUAAUCCACUUGAGAAAAAUAAGCAAAUGAUAAAGAUUCUCCAAGAGAGUUACCUAAAUUUAGGUGGCUCUGAGGCCAAUAUGAAAGUUUGGCUACUAAAAUUAUUAAGCCAAAACCCAUUUAUUUUGUUAAAGUCCUCUGCAGCUAUAAAGGAAACACUAGAAUUUCUUCAGGAGCAAGGUUUCACAAACUUUGAAAUUCUCCAGCUUCUGUCCAAACUCAAAGGAUUUCUUUUUCAACUUUGCCCAAGAAGUAUACAGAACAGUAUGUCCUUCACGGAAAAUGCUUUUAAAUGUACUGAUCAUGACCUAAAGCAAUUGGUUUUGAAGUGUCCCGCCCUUUUAUAUUACUCUGUUGCAGUUUUGGAAGAGAGAAUUCAGGGAUUAUUGAAAGAAGGAAUUUCCAUAACUCAGAUAAGAGAGACACCAAUGGUUCUUGAAUUAACGCCACAGAUAGUACAAUACAGGAUAAGAAAACUGAAUUCCUUAGGCUAUAGAGUAAAGGAUGGACAUCUAGCACAUUUAAAUGGAACAAAAAAAGAGUUUGAGGAGAACUUUGGUAAAAUUCAGGCAAAAAAAGGCCGGCCAUUAUUUAACCCUGUGGCACCUUUAGAUGUUGAAGAGUAACUUACUGACUGAUGUUGCUUGCUUCUGUCAGUGCAGUGAAACUGAGUAGCUUGUGGGCACCAGUAAUUUUAAGAACCUACUUAGCUUCUAAAUUGUGUUUGAAUUACCUCUUAAGUAGAUAAUCUCUGACUCAGUUGCUGUUUUUAAAAAUAUAAAUUAUGGGGAGUUCCCGUUGUGGCUCAGUGGUUAACGAAUCCAACUAGGAACCAUGAGGUUGCAGGUUUGAUCCCUGGCCUUGCUCAGUGGGUUGGGGAUCCGGCAUUGCCAUGAGCUGUGGUGUAGGUUGCAGAUGCGGCUGGGAUCACGCAUUGGCUGUGGCUCUGGAGUAGGCUGGCGGGUAUGGCUCCGAUUCGACCCUGGGAACUUUCAUAUGCCGCAAGAGCGGCCCAAGAAAUGGCAAAAAAGACCAAAAAAUAUAUAUAUAUUUAUAUAUAUAUAAAUUGUAUUUAAAGUUUGUAGUUUUGACCUUGAGCUUUAAAAAAAAAAGAAUAUUGAAUUGCAUAUCAGUGUGAUAUUUUAUUAGUGAAUAAUUUCUGAGAAACUGACAAGUGCACUCCCUUCAUUCAAAGUAUGGAUACAUUUCAUUCAUAUAGUACAUUUCGUCUGCUCUUCUCUCACUACCAAUUCUGAAAACCUCACUGAACUGAAGUCUGAAUUCUGUAGCCUAGUGUUUAGUGAAACAGACUUAUAACACAUCUUCAUAGAGAAAGCUGAUUUCAUCGGGUUGGAAUAAAUGAUGAGUAUCUUUGAGAACCAAGUAUUGCCCAUCAAAAGGAAUACUUAGACCUUAUGGUCAGUUUGUUUGAAAUUGAUUACUUUGUCUGGUGAAAUGCUUUUAUGUGCAUUCAUUACUCUCUUUUUACAGAUGAGGAAGCUGAAGCUUAGGCCAUCUAACUGCCAAGUGCCAGAGCCCUGAUUUACUAAGAUCUCUCUUGUGUUCAAAACCUUGUGAACAGAAGGAUUACUUAUGACUUAGCAUAAAAGAAUAUCAACUACAAAUUUAGGGAUUUUUAUGAAAACUUCUGUAAAAUUCCUUAAAUUUGAAAUGAUCUAGUUUGUAUACAUUUGAAGUAAAUGCAGCUUUUAAGAAAACUUUCUGAAAAUCUAGAUCUGACUAUAAAAUGUAAAUGGUAAAGUGUGUGAUGGUUGGUAAUGAUUUUACUAGGUUUCAAGUUUCCAAAUUUUGUUCCAAGAUUAAUACUACCCAAAUAAAGACUGGCUCACUUUCA